GAUAUGGAUCCAGGCGAAGGUACUUCAGAUGGCCGUGUGCAACGUAAGCCGGGCAGCGUUGCGGUCGAAAUCAAGCAAGAGCCAGACAUUAAAGAUGAACCGUCGAAUGGCAUUAAAUUUGAUUUGAUGACACGUCCAAAUGGAUGGUUUGAAGGCGAUGCAGCCACAGCGACAGCGACAUCGAACAUCGAAUCGAAACGCGAAUCAGAAAGUGAUUUUAUCAUCGACUUUGAUUUGAAUGAUGUGAAAAAGGAAGUGAAGUGUGAAGAAGAGAAGCCAGAAAAAGGAAAAGAAAAUGCUUCGUCAAUGGGCUGGAGCUCAGAUGCAGCCGAACCGAAUGCUCUUGACGGUCAAGACAAUGAACAAAGGGAUGGAUCAGAGGCCGGUCACAGACGUCCCAAUGCGAACGGCAAAGGAAAGAAACGCGAUGGAUCGAGAAAGCAGAACAGACGAAAGAUUCCGAGGAAUAAGGCGGCGAAGAAACGAAAGGAGCACAAGUGUCAUGUGUGUGGUUAUGUUACAUCGUAUAAAGGUCAACUCAAUGCACACAUUCAUAGUCACACAGGCGAAAGGCCAUACAAAUGUGAUCAAUGUUCAAAAAGCUUCACAUUCAAAUGUAAUUUAAAUCGGCACAAGCAAAUCCACAGUGGAAGCAAACCAUAUGAAUGUUCCGUUUGUGUCAAAACAUUUACACACAAAAAUAGCUUGUAUUGUCACGUGCGAACUCACACUGAUGAUCUGGCUCAUUCUUGUUCGAAAUGUGGUCAUCGAUUUGCCGGAGAAGAGGCCAAACAACUACACGAGAAGAGCUGCAAGCGACGUCGUUUCGAAUGCUAUCUCUGCGAAUUGAAAUGUUUUGUCAAAAGCAGUCUCAAACGUCAUAUGCAAGCAAAACACACCGGUGAACGUCGAUUUCAAUGCAAAGUCUGUAAAAAGCGAUUCACCCAGAAAGGUACACUCAAUCGACAUUUGGCACAGCAUCGCGAUCAGUUUCCAUUUGUAUGCAUCAAGUGUGGUCGAGGAUUUUCAACAGAAGGCGAUAAAACGGCACAUGAGAAGAUCUGCGGUCGUCGUCAACAUCAGUGUUACGUGUGCAAGGUGUUUAAGCUGCAAAAUUCCAAUUUACGCAAUCACAUGCGAGUCCAUCAUUCAGGUGAAAAGCCAUUCAGCUGCAAGUGGUGUAGUGUACGUUUUGCAAACCAAAGCAACCGCAACAAACAUAUGAAGACAUGUUAUCUUUUAAGGAAAUAAGAAAGUUCCAUCAUCUGCUGCGGUCAUCAUUCGAUU